GCUCGAUACCAGACUUACACCGCGCUAACUGUUCAAUCAAUGCAGGCAAGUCUUUCCAAGGCGUUCCCCUACCCCGAGUGAUGCUCCCAGUACUCCUGUAACUGCCGGAGCCGAAGCCCAAUCGAAAGUAACGGAGGAAGAGCAUAUUGAGUUCAUGUGGGGUCUUGCCGACAAGAAGUAUAAGGGAUUGAAGGGCAUGGGCGGCAGGCCUUCUCGCGAGAUAAACCCUGACCCCGGGCCCUGCCCCCCUCCCAAAUCGGACGUAGAUAAAGAAUACCAUGUUCGCGACCAUUGGGGUAGGGAACACGGACGGCUCAGGGAUGAAAUCGCUCGAUGGGUGGACUUCCGCUGGCACCAGUUCAAAAAACGGGAGGAUUCGAAGAUAUUCAACAAAUACAAAGAGGCCGUCCAUGGGUACCAACAGAAUAAGGGAAUCGAUUGGGAUGUAGAGCUGCAGCUGGACCGGCAGACGAAGCUAGACGAAUGGCGGGAAUACUACCUCUACGAGCAUCGGAAACGCGGCGCUCUAGAGAAGGAGCUUGAACACAGGAAGCAAAAGCUGGUCUCGGCAAAGGAGCGAAUGGGGGAAGCUGAACGGAAUAGGUCAGUAGGGAUUCAUCCAAACGCGUUGUUGGCGCGUUGGCGGGAAUUGAUAGAGUAUAAAAAGAAGAUUUCACAGGCACAAAAGGAGGUGGAUAUGGCACAGAAGAGGUUGAAAGUGUUGAGGGUCGAAGAGUCACGCUCAGCUGUCGAAAAGGACAUCAUGAUCGCGCAGGCGGAGGAAGAUCUCGAAUCGGCACAGAAGAGUUUGGAAGCCCAGAAGUCGGAUGAGUUGGACCAGCUAAAGAGAGAAGAUCAAAGAGUACGCGCGCAAGAAGCCCUGGCGACUGCUCAGGGGAAUGUAAGUUGUGCCAACACCCGUCUGGAACAGCUGGAUACGUUGCUGGAGUGGAUCGCCGGACAGUUUGCGGACAUAGCUACGGAGUAUGUAUCAUCCAGUUGGGGAGGCAAACACAACCGCGAUCUGCUAGAAGGAUGGGAGAAGUACUACGCCUACAUGCGCGAGAGGCUUCAAGCGAAGCAAGACUGGCAGGCUAAGUUCCUACAAUACGGAUGGACAAAGGGGCGGACCGAAGCUGAAGAGGCGAGAGACGACUGGCUGGAUCCGCAGGAGCGUAUAAGACCAAUUAAGGCUCUCCUAGCGUGGAUCGAGCGGGAGUUCCCGGAAAUCGCCGCGCAAUAUGCACCGUCCAGUCAGGACAGCCCGUCCAGCGGCGACAACCAGAACCAGGCCAUCCUACCGUCUUCGAAGCCAUCGCCGAGUGAGGCCCCGCACAAAGCUUCUCGAUUAGAUAGGGCGGGGAAGCGCACUCCACGCAAAGGAAAGUCCGCUAGGGAACAGUCACCACUGCAUCAGGUCCAACUAUCGAAAGUAUCCAAGCCUCGCCAAAGGGGAAGACGUCCACCGAAUCAGAAGCGGAGCACCACUCGCGAUAGCGUUGGGAACGCCGUGGGACAAGAAGAAGAGGAAUCACACAAGGCGGCUGUUCGCAGGAGUGCACGAAUAUCCCAACAAACACGCAACCCCGAGUCCCCCUCACCCCCCUUCCUCCGCGCAACAAAAACGUCUUCCAGGAGCUGUCCCGAUGGCAUCGUACGCCGCAGCGCGCGGAUAUCAGAUCGUACGAAGAAGAAACCACGCCCGCUUGGAGCCGAUCAAGAAGUCGAACCCGUUCAGUCUCGCACACCGGCCCGCCGAAAAUCCGCACGACGCAUCGCCACCUCCACGAAUGCCGCGUACUCCGGCAUGCCGCAGGGAAUCUCGAAGACAACGCGUCGUCGGAAGACGGCGACGGCGGCGGCGGCGACGAAGAGGACUAGAGGUUAAUGUAAUGUAAUGUGCAUGCUUCCUAAACCACGCUUUCAUCCAUCAACCCCUAAGUGCCGGAUAAGCGGGAAAUCGGCAGGUUCAGAGUUUCACAAGGUCUGCAGGCUUAAGAUGCGCCGAGUGCGAUGGUUUGGUCCGAUUGCGCUCAAUGGCAUGCUGCGCAGUGUCAUAACUGGGGAUUUAGUCGCGAUGACUUGGACAAUUCGAGCUUUUUAGUCAUAGCAGACGGUAUUACCAAUCCUACGAGCCCACUU